CAAAAGCACCUAGAAAGAUAUUAUUGUAAAAGACACAUAGUUAAAAGUUACUGGUAUAAGAGAAGCAACAAUUACACUAUAAACAGUUCAGGAAUUGUCAAUAAAGCAGACAGCUGUAGGAAUGACGGGCGAGUAACAAAGUAUUAUCUUCUUCUCCCCACCGCCCCCCAAAAAAUUGUUCCAUCUAUGUAUUCUCCCACGAUUCUGGAGGCCAUAGGAAGUUCAGUUUCCCUUUACAUCUGAAAGGUUGGUCGUAGUAAAUCUUAGGGACCUUUGUUGUUGCAGUAGACCCACCAGAUCCCUCCCUGAUAUCGAGACAUGGGAAGGAAUCUCGCUCUUUGGUAACUAAUAGUUACUGAGGCGUAAAAUAAGGGGGAAAUCGGGUAGAGUUUAAAAAGGUGUGAAUCGCCUUUAAUUCUGCAAUGUGUGUGUUUCAGUAAAUUGAUCUAACAAUUAGAUCGAGUCGAUAAUUCGGAUCAUUGAACUAAUCUAAUCUCCUCCUUUCGGGGGCGUUGCCGUUUUGUGUUUGUCACAUGGUGGGUUAGGGACUGGUUUCCUGAAAACUUUACAGAUACACACAGAUAUAGUGCCUAUUUUGGAUUAUACACCAUCCACCCACUGAUUGCGCCUCCAGCACAGAGUGGUUCUGGCGCUGUAUGUGCUCCCGCUUCCCCCCCACCCCCAGAGGAGGCAGCGGACUGUAUGUAAGAACGGGCUGGAUUAGCCCCCCUCCUAUCUCUCUCACACCGACCCCCUGUUGCCUGAGCCCGGUGUGAAGUGCAGGAGCUGUCGCCCCACGAGGAUCGAUGGCGACUGGAGGGAGUAGCACUGAGCUGGGGAGCUACGGUGCCAAAUGCAAUGGUUCAAAAACAACUCUGCCUGACCCGGUCCAUCACUACAACUACGACCUGCACGUGAAAAUGAGCAAGAAGAUCGCCCAGUUAACGAAGGUCAUCUAUGCACUAAAUGCCAAAAGUGAUGAGCAUGAAGUUUCCCUCCAAGCUGUUAAGGAAGCUCACCAGGAGGAGAUCCAGCACAUCAUCGCUGAAACACGAGGGAAGAUCUUGCAGUACAAAAGCAGAAUGGGAGAAGAGAUGGACUUGCGGCAUCAAAUUCAAACCCUUGAAGACAGCCUGCAGAAGCACAAGAAAUGCAAGGAAGAAGUGUUGGCGGACUUUGAGAUGUACAAGCAGCAGGUGGUCGAGCGCGAAAAGAAUAUGGAGAGAGAACAUACAGAAAAGAUAAUGGCAUUGUCCAAGGAGAUGCUUGACAUAAAGAAGGAAUUUGAGAGCAAUCUCCAACACUUCAUGGAUGUUCAACACCGAUUAGAACAAGAUAAACAGUCAGCAAUAACUGAGAUGGUGAAAGUAAACCAAGAGUCUGAAAACCUUCAAGAAAAAUGCAAAACAUUAAAGGGCUGUUUUGAUGAAAAAAUAAAAUUAGAAGCAAAGCACAAAGUGGAAAUUCAAAAUUUGAAUCAAGAGUUAGAAAUCCUAAAACUUGAGAAAAAGAGGUUAACUACAGACUUUGAGAAAAAGGUGAAUAAGCUACAAGCCUCACAUCAAAAGGAACUGGAAACGUUGAAAAAAGCAUUACAGCUCUCAGUGACCGAGACACUGAAACAAUGGCAAAUAGAACAAAAAAAGAAUCUUCAAGCUCAAGAAGCAGCCUUACAACUAAAGUUGAAAAAAUUGGAGAGUGACAUGGAAGUCAAGUGUCAAAUGAUGAAUGAGUUCAAAAACCAAAGUCACAAAUUACAGGAAUUGCUUAACAAUGCACAGGUCAGAAUUCAGGAUUUGGAAAAACAGCUUCAAAAGGCAGAGAAGAAAUUGACGACAUCAAAUCUAAAACUACAAAAGAUGGAAGAUGAAGCUGAGCUCUUGAGGGAGAGACUAUUAGUGCAGGAAGCUGAAAUACUGCAUAAAACCGACGAGAACAAGGCGCUGUCCCUAUCUGAACACAAUGCUCAGGCAGAGGUGGAUGGCCUAAAGACCCAUCUGUCAGAGCUAAAGCACAAGUUAGCAGAGGGCCAACUCCAGCAACAACAGAACACUGAGGCUGAACACAGUCAACAGUUGACACAGGUUAUUGAAAUUCUGUCUCGUGAGAAAGGAGAGCACCACAAAAGGCAUGAGGAGGAGCUGAAGAAGCUGAAGCGAGUGGCUGAAGAGGAGAAGCUUCGCCUCAAGGAGCAGCUGAUGAAAGGAUUGGAAGAGCUGGUAAAGAAACACACCACUGAAAUCAAGGCAGUUCAGACCUCAAUGGAACUAGAAAGAAAGCAACUGCAAAAGGAACUACAGAAUCAAUUAGAUGCAAUUAACAUCAAGGUCAAAAAUGAAAAACAACAGUUAGAAAAUGAAAAGGAGGAGCUUUAUAAUAAACUUCAGGAGUCUCUGCAGCAGAUUUCCAGGAUGGACAGCUUAAUGAAGCAAACCAAAAACGACACAGAACAAGCUGACUCCUAUUCAACAAACAUGAAAGAGAGCCACGAGAGGUUACUGCAGGAUCAAGAACAGGCACUUAACCAGAUAUCAGAACUGCAGGAGAAACUGAGAAAGCAGAAGGAACAGCAUGAAGCGUUGGUUUCAUCCUUACAAAAAGAACAGCAUAAAAUGAGGGAUCAGCUAUCACAGCAGAUAGAGACAAAAUGGAAAGAAAAAGUACGAUCUGAGAAUGACAAACUACGGGAGCAGUUGAAACAAGAAUAUGCAAAUGACAAGCAGUCUGCUCUAGCUCACUUACAGCAGGAAAAAGAGAAUGAAAUGAAAAUCUUACAGGAAAAGUGGCAAAAUGUAACAGUGGCACUUGAAAUUGAGCUCACAAACAUAAAGAAGAACUCACAGCAACAAAUGGAGGCUUCCCAAGAUGCUCUCCAGUUGCUUCAGUCCCAGUUUGGUAAAGAAAAGGAAAUGCUCCUGGAAAAACUUCAGUGCGUCACUGCAUUAAAUCAGGAUCUGAAAUCCCAGCUUCAGACCCUAAAGGAACAGACGCUAAAAACUGAGGAAAAAUGUCAACAGCAUGAAAUAGCGGAGGGUAAUUACCAGAACCAGCUGAAAGCACUUGAAGAGGAUCUGUCAAAGUCCCAGAGUGAGACCUCCAAGCUGCAGAGAGAGAGGUUACUACUUCAGGAAGCACUUUCACGACUCAAGAAGGAGAUUGAGUCAAGCAAUCAGAAAACUGUCCAGCACAGAAGUGAAGAGGCGCAACAUCAGAAGUCAGUGCAAGAAGAAUUUAAGGCUCAGCAUGAAAAAGAAAUCAACUUUCUGAAGCAAAACCACCUGAAAGAAAUUCAAGGCAUUGUGUCUGAUUUCAGCAGCUCCCAAACCCGUCUCCAAGCAAAGAUAGUUUCCUUGGAAACUGAAGUGAAAGAGAUGGAAGAAAAAUCAAAGAAGCAUGAAUCCAAACCAGAGGAUUUGCAUCGCAUUAGCACACUUCAAGAUAAGUUAUCUGAACAUGACCAGAUUAUCAAAAAACUUCUGGAUGAAAGAAGAUUUCACCAAUUAGCCAUGGCAAACAGUGAAAGUAGCAUCAAUAGAUGUCUGUAUGCUGGAACCUUCACACCGACCUUGAAGAAGAAGAGAACAGAAGACUUGCCAGUCCGGGUGGUCAGUGUUCCCAACCUGAGUUCAUAUGAGAAAAGUUUUCUAAGCUCAGAAUCAACUCCAAUCAAUAGGUUUCCUCUAAUGACUAAAUCUCCGAGCCUGGACCAAAGCCUCAGCAGCACAUCAAGGUUAUUGAAUCAGCCUUCACAAGUCCAGCCAUCUAAACAAGCCUCGAGCAUUUCAAAUGAGAAAGGCAAGAAUAAAGAAACUAAAGGAAAAGAUCCUCAGCGACAAGAAUGGUUCACAAAAUAUUUUUCAUUCUAGGAAUGAGCUCCAUGUCUAUUUAUUCCCAUUUUGCAAAUUAUUUUUCUUUUUUUAAUGUUCUUCUCAACUAGCAUUUGCCAGAUUCUAUCGGAGAUUGUAAAGGCAUAAUGCUUGUAAGGAUGUACCAGUGAUGUUCAGAACAAUUUACAAGAAAUUACAUGGUGAGGAUUAACUAACCUUUACUCCUCCCCCUAUGUGUCUCUGCUCAGUACAUCCCCAGAUCAACUGACUGAGGAAAGGAAAUGUGUCUUCUGGCACUUGUAUGGAAAGUACCAUGUUUCAAAACUCUGGUGCAAACAUUAGCAUGUUGUCCCACUAGAGCUAUUUAUAUUAAAAGAAAUGUUGUUUUAUAUGCUGUUUUGCCAUUCAUUUAAAAGUAGUUUUGGGAGACUUACUACUGUUGUCAUCAACUUCCCAAUGAUACAAGGUCAUCUAUUCAGGGUGCUGGAGUUUCUGCCAUUAGUCUCAAUGUGACUAAAUAAGUAGAUUCUCAGCUCAUCAAUCUUUGGAUAUUGGAAAAGCAGUGGGGUGGAAUGCAGAGUUUGCUUCCUUUUCUUGCCUAUUCUGUGAAUUACCUGCUUUCAUUAGGAGAUCAUGACUCAAAUCUUCAUUUAGCAAGAUAGAGGAGUUGCCACCAAUCUGAAUGAUUGCUAAUAGGUUCUUCCCAGACAUUAAUAUCAAUAUUUAAGGUUUCUGCCCUCCAGUGUCGGAAUGGCAGACAACUAUCUUCUCUAUGUCAAAUGGCCAAUAUUCAAUGAGAUAUCAAAGAAAUGCUUCACAGAUUCUCAAAUUGAUUUGUAGAAUAUUAGUUGUUAAGCAUAUAGUAAUGUAUAGUUUCAGUAACUUUUGAAGGAGUUUAUAUUAUGAAACAAAAUGGAUUCAUGAAUAGCUAAUUCAAAUCCUAAAGAAGAACAUGUAAGAGGUAUGAUGUCUUUUCUGCUAAAGGGGUGUUUAGAUUGAAAAUGGAAGACUACCUCUAAAGUAAGUGAAGAUAUAGCUAUAAAAGUUAAAACAUUGUUGAGUGCUAAAACAGAAAUGUUAACCAUAUGAUGAUUAAAGGUAUUCAGCAUUGUAUAUCUUAAAAUUAUAAGAGAAUAUAUUAGUUCUAAAAAUAAGGACAAGUGUUUGUUGUGGAUACAAUAAGCCAAAGGGUCAAGGAAUUAAAGUAACACACAACUCUGUGAGCAAAUAGUUUUACCAACAGAAAUCACUAAUGGGCAGAUUACGAGGAGGUAACAACUAUGUAUGCUCCCAGGAAACAGAAAAAAUAAUUAAGGUCAAUCCCAACUGAGACUUCACCUUUUGUCUUAAUUUUCUGGGCAUUCAGGACCAGUGUUGACUGUUUCCGAGGUACAGUGCAUGCCACCCAUAUUUUUGAGCUGGUUGAUACAUCAUUACCUGUGGAUGAUGAGCAGUAUUUAUCCCAACUGGAAGCACAAUGAUAGGUCUCCUCCUAAUAAUUUUGUGUUUGUGCAAUAUUGCUGUGUUGUACCCAGAGAACCUGGUGCUGUUUGUACAGUUUGUAAAUGUGCUUUAUUCACUGUCAAUAUUAAAAUAAAUAACAUUUUCUUUUGGGCAGAGUCAACUAAAAAUUAAGACAUGACAGCACAAAUACCAGAAAUGAACUGGAUAUAUACAGAUCAAUAACAAUCACAGCCCUAAACCAUUUAUGUAAUUAUUUUGAUGAUUCCAUAUCAAGAAUGUGUACCAAGUAUAAUCUUAAGAAAAUAUAAUU